AUGAAAAGUAGUUCACCAGGACCUACUCGUCGCACAGAUGACGGUGACGAUUCACCGGAUAGCCCCAAAUCCCGUAAGCAGUCCAAGGAUUUUUCUCACAACAACCAAAAUGCGAAUUCUCCAAUACACAAGCUGAACGCUAUUGAAGAGCAAGUCGACAUUGACGCAUCAGAAGGUAUGGAGCAAUCCCUUGAUACGGUACAAUCCCUCGAUGAUGAUAGGAUUGAGCAGGCACCAGAGACGGACAAUAAUAGAGUAUUAUUCUCGGAAAAAGAUGAAGCAGUCUCGUCUCCCCACAAAACAAACUCGACGGCCCACAACUCUGGUGCAUCAGACGACGAUGACGGCACGGUGGUCCAAGAGAACCAGAGCGAAAGCGACAUGAAGAAGAGGGACUUGCUAUUCUUGAAAAUUGUCCUCGGCAUCCUUUUGCUACUGUUAUUGGUCGCUGGCAUUUUUCUGGUCUACUUUUUCAAGCAACCAACCUCCACGGAGGAAAAGCUGAAAGAACUCGGCUAUCCGUAUCGCAAAGACAUGAAAAGUGGUUGGCUCUUUGACGCAAGUAGAGAUACUGGGAGCACAUCCUACACACACUACAACACAGACGAGCUUGCCAGGGAAGGUCUCGGUGCUAACGAAGUGGACUGUGCCUCAAAAUGUGCCAGCGAGGGUGCCUUUGCUGGUGCAUGGAACACCUAUUACCAAGAUUGUUGGUGCUUUUUGGAUGUGCCGAAUUCCAAUUACUGUUUUGAAAGAUGCAUUAUUGAAGAAGGUAUUGAAUUCUCUUCCAUUCGCCUGCAAUCAUCCUUUGAAUGGUGUCCACAAUCAUUCUGCGAUGUAUUUGACGCCAAAGCCUAUUGCGACUUUCGACCGAAGCAAAAUGUUACCGACUGUCGCGAAUAA